GAAAAUCCUAGAUAAUUGAGAUGUAGAGGAAGAAAAUUAACUGCCUUUUAUUUUCUUUAUCUUUAUGUACUGAUGGUAGACCACAAAGUGCAGAUAUGCAAGUUCUUCCUUCAACAACGAUGUCGAUAUGGUGCUAACUGCCGGUUAUCGCAUGGAACACUAAUGUCCCUGUCUUCCCUGAAGAAGUAUGUGUCACCUAGUUGGGGGCAGCCAUUUGUAGGAGCUAGCAUUUUGGCAGUUUCAGGGAAUGGAGCUAGCAUUUGGAGAGAGGCUGAACUUGAAUCUUGGGACGACAAACUCAAUAAAGGCCUGGUUGUAUUUCGUGACGAUGGAAGCUCAGAGACGGUGGGGGCAGAAGCAAUGUCAUUAUCAUUCGAGUGACAGA